AUGGAUCACCGGAAACGUGCGGCUCGAGCUUGCGACGAAUGCAGGCGGCUGAAAGAGAAGUGUGAAGGUGGAGCCCCCUGCAGGCGGUGUUCUCAUUAUCGGAGACAAUGUGAAUUUAAGGGCUUAAUUUCGAGGACGCGGGAAUUUCGCCCUUACAUGCCAAGGGAGCAGAUUGGGAGGUCCGAUCUGCAGGAGCAGAUUGAGCGCUCGAGAUAUAUGGAACGGAUAUUAAAACGAACUAUUGAAGGCAUUAGACUUGAUACAAAAAGUCUGGCCAGAUUGGCCGACGCACUGGAUGCUGAUGCAUCAGAUGCUAAAGAAGUCGAGGGACUGGUGAUAGAUGAUGAGGCUUGCACAAUGGAACCUGUUGGGGAUACUGUUACGCAUUUCUCAGGUGAAUUCUCAUAUUGGAAUUUCUCCAUGCGAGUGAAGGAUCACAUUGAGAAACGAAUGCAAGGUUUGGGGAAUAGGGACCUGCCUGACUCGGAUCGAGAAGAGGAGCCGCCGCGUGUCCGUCACCUACGACCAGGACAAGCUCAUUUAUCGGCAGCAAUAUCGUGUUGCCCUCCACGGCAAAUUGCGGACUUCUUGGCAAGAACUUUCUUCAAGUACGCGGAAACUCAUUACUUUUUUGUUGACCAGACUUGGCUUCUUGAACGGAUGAAUAUGUAUUAUAGCGAUCAAGGGAGCUUUGCCAAGAAAGGUUGUGAAGUGACUAUCAGCAUCAUCCUCAUGGUAUUCGCUAUUGGCACGCAGUAUGCCCAUCUGGAAUCCUCCGCACAGAAUCCUUCGGGCUCCACAGAAUCCAACUUUGCCGAGGAGGAUAUUGGCACCGCAUUCUAUCAGCAAGCGAUUCGACUUUUACCAGAGAUUAUCGAGCAUUCAUCUGUUGAAAGUGUUCAAGCUUGUUUGCUUUUUGGCUGCUACGCACUUGCAUUUGAUGCCUCGGGGCUGGGGUAUAUCUACAUCAAUAUCGCCAUUAGAUUGGCCAUGCAAAAUGGCAUGCACCGAAAGUGCAAGAGUGAUGCAUACAGUCCGAAGAUGAUCGAGACAAGGAAUCGUGUAUGGUGGACUGCAUAUCUGCUUGAAAGAAAAAUAUCUAUCUUUCAUGGUCGGCCUCUGUCAAUGCUUAGAGCGGAUGUUGAUGCCACAAUUCCCCUUCAUAAACCAGAAUUGGCGUUGGGUGACUCUCGAGCUAGUGUCGCACGAGCAGAAGCUUCUAUUCAAUUAACCCAUUUCUUAGAAGACAUGUACAAUGAAGUUACCCUUCUUCGGAGCUGUCAGAAACAGCAAGUAUCAAAGAUCAUUAAGAACCUGUUAGCCCGCAAAGUAUCGUUGCAUACUUGGUGGAAUUCCCUUCCUGAGGAGGUCGUAAGGGAAAGACCUCGAUCUCCAAUGCAUAUUCGCUCAAUGAUGCAUCUCCGGCUGGAAUACUGUUUGGUCCGAAUGUUCAUGGGGCGACCGUUUUUGCUUAAACGAGAAACGUCGAGCACAAUGGGUACUUCACCGCACUCAGAGACCAGUCCAUCUGACCAUGCCUCGAUCGAUCCUGGAAAUCACAAAGGCUCUUUCACUCGCAGGGACUUAAUCGAAGACUGUAUUGAGGCGGCAACCGAAGCGUUGGGAAUUUGCCAGGAUAUAAGAGACAAUGGUGCCGGCCUAGCACGAGCCUCAUACAUCGAGUAUAGCUCAUGCCGAGCAUCAUUGCUCGUGCUGAUUGCUCACUCCAUACAAAGCUUCUCGGAGCAAUUCCGCAAAUUACUGUACACUGGCUUGGACAUGAUUCGAGAGAUGUCAGUGGCUGGAGAGUCGGCUCGUUAUGAGGUAGCGUUGAUCGAAACACUCGAGCGUGCCCUGGCCCGCUUGCAUACUGGAGCACAGCAGUCCCAGCAGAUCGAGGAUAUGACACAACCCGAGACAGCUGUUUCUGACUAUGAAAUAUUUAAGCACUGGGGUGCAAGAUUGCGGGAUGGAGCGGCAAGUGAUGCACCUGGAAAUGUGAACAAUGUUCCAGCUCGUCAUCUUAGGGCACCUCCGACUUCGGAUCAGCUCUGCACUAAUGAUGACAUGGUGGAAAUUGACUGUGCGGAAACGUCUUUUGACAAAGAUUUCGAUACUGGAAUGUUUGGAGCAUUAGAUUCUGUCAUAGGAAUGACGAUCUUCGGCACCGAAAACUCUUCUCCAUCAGCAGCAUGGCCAACCUGGACAGAGACCCAGGUCCUGGAGCAAUUCUUGACCAAUCCAGAGUUUGGAGGAAGUCAGGGAAUGAUGAACAGAUAG